UAUAAGCUGGACUUCCACCGAUGAAUUAGUAGUAAUUGUGAAGUAAAGUUGUUAAACAAAUCGAACUAAUUAAAGAAGGUUUAAUUUUAAAAACAAAAUCUGUGUUCUGUUUGGACGGUUAUAUAGACACAUCAAUUCCAGCACCAACUAAUACUCAUUCUUUAUUCUAGAGAGAGAGAGAGAGGAGAGAAAUGGCGUCGGCGCGUUCAUUUGACGACGGUGGGUACACUACCUUUGAUGAUUCCUACGCCGCAUUUUCCUCAGCCGAUGCGCCGCCUUACUCCGCUCCCGCCUACGCCCCGCAGUACGGCGACACUGAGGAAGCGACGGUGGAUCACGCGAACGGCGACGAUCCGUUUGGAUUCGGGUCUAAUGAUCAACCAGUCGUAUCGUCCGGCACGAUUCCUAUCGCUAAUGGUAACGGAAGCUCGCCUUUUGACAUUGGGGAAGAUUCGGAGGGGAUUUUCAGCUCGGACGGACCGAUCCUUCCUCCUCCUAGUGAGAUGCAGGAACAAGGAUUUGCUCUUCGGGAAUGGCGGAGACAAAAUGCAAUUCAGCUGGAGGAGAAGGAAAAGAGGGAAAAAGAAAUGCGGAACCAAAUCAUAGAAGAAGCUGAAGAAUAUAAACAAGCUUUCUAUGAGAAAAGAAAGCUUAAUGUAGAGACUAACAAAACAACCAACCGAGAGAGAGAAAAGUUAUCCUUGGCCGGUCAAGAAAAAUUCCACAAAGAGGCUGACAAACAGUACUGGAAAGCCAUUGCAGAGCUCGUUCCCAACGAGGUGGCCAAUAUUGAGAAGAGAGGAAAGAAGAAGGAUCAAGAUAAGAAGCCAUCAAUCGCAGUCAUUCAAGGGCCCAAACCUGGUAAACCUACUGAUCUUUCGAGGAUGCGCGGAAUAUUGGUGAAGCUCAAGCACAAUCCCCCGCCCCAUAUGUUACCGCCCCUACCUGCUCCUGCCAAGGACGGGAAGGAAAACAAGGAUGAGAAAAACGCCAAAAAUGCUGCCGCUCCUAAUACUGCCAAAGAGUUGACAGUCGCCCCCGCCAAAGGCUCUGUUGUAUCAGAUGGUGCUCCACAAACGGGGGAAGAACAUGCUGCUGCAGCCAAUGAUCAGCCAGCUAAGUAAGACAAAGUUUUGAUUUUCGAAAUUCCGAUUUUCUCAUCAAGAGUCAUUUUUUCUCCUUUGUCCUUUCUGCGUCUGCUGUUUUGCAUUUUCGAUGAUGCAGGGAUGUGGAAUUUUACCAUCUAUAUCCAGCAAUUCUUUGUUGAGUUCAAAAAUUCGUUAUGUUGUUGCUGUAAGCCCUUUUUUUUUAUUAUUGAAAGAACUAGUUUCUGGUGUUUCA